UUCCCGGAUGAUAACACUUCUGCUCGGGUUGAAGGUAAACAAGAAAUGAAUGAAUUUCCUAGCAAAGACAGUAUCUAGUCUGCAGGAUUUUUUAUCCAAUGUCAGUGGGAACGCAAAGGUAGCAGCUACUGAAAUCCGCGAAGCUAUCCCUCGAAGGACGAUGUCGCAUCGAGAGGAGCAGUAUGUGGGCCCUUACAAAUUGGAGAAAACACUCGGAAAGGGCCAAACGGGGUUGGUUAAGCAGGGAGUUCACUGUGUCUCUGGCAAGAAGGUGGCCAUCAAGAUUAUUAACAGGGAAAAAUUAAGUGAAUCAGUCCUAAUGAAGGUGGAAAGAGAAAUUGCAAUAAUGAAGCUAAUAGAGCAUCCCCAUGUAUUGGGCCUGUUUGAUGUCUAUGAAAAUAAGAAAUAUUUAUAUUUAAUCUUGGAGCAUGUUUCUGGUGGGGAGUUAUUUGAUUACUUGGUAAAAAAGGGCAGGUUGACACCCAAAGAGGCAAGAAAAUUCUUCCGUCAAAUUAUAUCUGCAUUAGAUUUCUGUCAUAGUCAUUCAAUAUGUCACAGAGACUUAAAACCUGAAAACCUUUUACUUGAUGAUAAAAAUAAUAUCCGUGUGGCAGAUUUUGGGAUGGCUUCGUUACAAGUAGAAGGCUCCAUGUUGGAAACAAGCUGUGGGUCUCCACACUAUGCUUGUCCUGAGGUGAUAAGGGGUGAAAAAUAUGAUGGAAGAAGGGCAGAUGUAUGGAGCUGUGGUGUGAUACUUUAUGCACUUUUAGUGGGUGCUUUGCCAUUCGAUGAUGACAAUUUACGGAAUCUUUUAGAAAAGGUUAAAAAAGGUGUCUUUCACAUUCCUCACUUCGUGCCCCCCGAUUGUCAACAUCUACUCAGGAGUAUGAUUGAUGUGGACCCAGUAAAAAGAAUACAACUGGACAAGAUCACAAGGCAUCCAUGGGUGGUGGCGGGUUCUAAAUCAGAUGUAGAGCUGGAACUUCCGAUGAAGGAAGUGGUGCAGACGGCAGUGAUUCCAUCAGAAGAUGACAUUGACCCAGAUGUUUUGGCCACCAUGACCUCAUUACAGUGUUUUAAAGACAAGCCAAGACUGAUGCGGGAGCUUUUUAGUCCACAACACAAUACAGAAAAAGUGAUCUACUUCCUACUGUUAGACAGAAAACUUCGGAAUCCUAGUUUUGAAGAUGAUGAUGAAAUAAAAAAGAAAUCUACUGCAGUUGACCCACCAAGAAAAAGAAUAGACAAAGUCAAGUUUCACAGUCAACCAAGCAGAGGCUUUACAGAGUUAUCCCUGGGUAACAUUAGUGAGGGUUCUCCAACUAUGCCAAGGCGGGCACUGGCUGUUGCAUCAAUCCACAGGAGAAAAAGCAGUCUAAGUGCCAGCAGCCCAACCUGCUCCCCAGUGCACAGUCCCAGGGGCACACCCAAGGUGACCCCCACCGCUAGCCCUGCCAAUACUCCCCCAGGGUCCCCCACCACACAGCACGCCCCCUGGAGGAACAGGCUCCACACCAUCAAGAACAGCCUAAUGGGCUCCCCCAGGUUUCACAGGAGAAAAAUGCAAGGUACUGUGCCAGUUGCUGAAGAAGCCAACCUCACUCCAGAUUCCUCUCCAGAGCUUGGGAAGAAGUCUUGGUUUGGGGCCUUCAUGGGAGGAGACAGGGAGGAGAUUCAUAUCAACAUGACAGUGAGGGACAGGACCAUAAGCCAGGUCAAGGCAGACCUGGUGCAUGCUUUCUUGGCAACCCCCGACCUGAGUCACAGUGUUAUCUCACCCACAACUUUUAGAGCUGAGUACAGGCGGAGUGGGAGCUCUUCAGUUUUCUCUCGGAAUGUCAAGUUCCAGGUGGACAUCACACAUCCCCAGAACUCAGAUGAUCUAAACUAUCAUCGGGUGGUUUUUACACUUAUACAAGGCCCAGCUAGGAGAUUUAAAAGAGUAGUGGAACUGAUCCAGUCUAUCAUCAACAGCAGUCGUCUGCAGCCCCACAGGCGGAUCACCAGUGACAUGCCAAAGCUGGCCAGUGAUAGUUCUGAGUCCUCGGUGGAAAGAGAUGGGAUUUCUCCUACACCUCCCUGUCUGGAGCUAGCAGAGGGAGAGGAGGUGUCAGAAGACUGUGCUGCAGCAAGUGCUAGUUCUCAUUCUAAACAACAUAUUGCAAAUGGACGUAAACCUGCUAUUGACCAGAAAGACAAAGUCUGAAGAGAGUAAGCCUUGAAAACGGCUUUCAGAGGGUAGUGAUGCCCUUUAAGUGUGAAGUAUUCAGUGAAGAACAUGUGCACUGAAAAUAGUUGAUCAUUGAGAAUGCUUCUGUCUAGUCAGAAAUGACAGAAAAAAGGACUAAGCAUUAAAAGACUUGAUGAAAUGCCAAAUAAGAUUAAACGAAAUGAAUCACUCAACUAUUUAUUUGAAAACCUGAACAAAUAUACAGAUGAGGAGAAAAGUCAGGAAGAUUCAUGAAUUGGACUAUUUGUUAGGAAACUAGGGAGAGGUUUUAAUAAACCUUACUAUUUGUUAGCAAACUAGAGAAAGGUUAAUGAAGACUUGCUUUUCUGAAAAACAAGUAUUUGUUAAAGUUGUACUUUAUCUUUUAUUGUGUAUGUCCAAGUCAUUGUGUUAUGUAUGGCAAAAGAGAAUUUUAAAAGCAAGAGAACUUGUUGUCAUUUGGCAGGUCAAAGUAUGUACUAAGAAGAUAUGGUAGAAGAUAAUGGUAAUGUGUUGGGUAACAAGGUUUUUUUCCCAUAGAUCAAGGAGAUAGCAAGGUGUAGACACACAUUUGCUGGUAUUUUUUAAUGGUCAACCUCCGGUGGAGAAAAGUUCUUUUUUAGUUUAGUGACCUGUUACACAUUAUAAGAUUACCGAUUUCUUUAAUUUUAACUCCACUUUUAUGACACCACUUCUGUGAAAGUUACCACCUUUUAAAUACUGACAGUGAUGUAUGUUUCAAUAAGCAGGAUGCUAUGAUUUCCAUAAGUUUUUAAACCAUUUUUUAUACUGUGAAGUAAUGGUAAAGAAAGCAUGUUACUGAUUACAUAGUCUAACAAAUCAGUGUUGACAUUUUUGUGUAAAUUAUCCAAAGUCUCGAGUGGUAUAAAAAAAGUGAAUAUAUAUGUAUAUCAUUCCAACCUUGUUCCGGGAAUGUCUGUCUAGUAACAAACAUCUUCAUCCUACUGUAUUUAUUGCCCAUGUAAAUGCAAUUCCAUUUCAUUUUCACAUUUUUUUCUUUUGCAAAUGGAAAAAUGUGAAAU